AUGAAGAACUUCCUGUCGAAAAAUGUACAAAAUCCACUCUCGGUAUGUACUUUAAUAAUGUUAUAUAACACAAUGUGGACAACAUAUUUGCAUAUAUCAAGACCCAGAUUCGACACCACAUUAUCGACUGAAAGAAAGCUUUUUAUAUUGGAGAGGAUGAUAGAAUCAUUCCGAAAAGGUGGUCAGAUGUGCAAAAAUGAAAGAUAUUAUUGUAAGCGACCGGAAACGGCACAUGUCGACUGUGGACGAGUUUUGCGAGGAGACAAGACUUAUCUGGAAACUCUUUCUGGAAAAUAUCGGAUACCACUAAUCCCAAAUGAGCAACUCAAUAUGUCUUGUGAAGCUAUCUCAGAAAGAGUAGUACCUAAAAAUGCCAAGUUCAAGCCCCUCAAACUGAACGGAACAGCUUUUGCCAGAGUCGUGUACGUGGAAUAUGAAUUUAUAGAAAAACAAGUGCAAGCCGCUUAUCAUUACCAAAACUGGUUUUGUUUUGCCGUCGAUAGAAAUUCUUCAAUUGAAUUUCAAAAGAAAAUGAAACAACUUGCAGAGGGCUUGCCAAAUGUCAUUCUACUUCCAGUCACAGAGUCCUAUGACGAAGAUGGACACAAUAUAAACUCAGCUCACUAUCGAUGCAUGAUGGAGCUUGUUACUCGACCAGGAUGGAGCUAUCUCGUUCUCUUACAAAACUUUGACCUUAUAACCAAAUCAGUGUACGAGAUGGAUCGAAUUUUUGAAUUAUUGGACGGAGCAAAUGAUGUAAACUUAGCUAGCAAACGACCAGGCCGAAGAAAGCCAAACCUGAAGUGGGAUUUGAAAACGCUCAAGUUGUUUCGUAAUAAAACUAUUAUAAAUAAAACAAUAUUGAACUCUGAAAUCGAAAUUUCAACCGGGUACGUGCAGGCCUCACUGUCUCGAGCGGCUGCCCAAUGGUUGAUUAAUGACGUCGAUGUGACAACUUUCAUGAAUCAACUAAAUCAAUCUGCCAAAGCUUGUGACGAGCAAUUUAUUUCCACUUUUCAAAUAAACGAAGCAUUAAAAAUGCCAGGACAUUUCACCAGUCAGUGCAUCCGUCGCGGAAUAAGUUUACCUAGUUUUACCAGAUUUUCCCGCUGGGUCCUUCCGGAUCAGAACACUAGAGAAAAUUGUUCAACACAAGCCGUAAGACAUAAUCUGUGUUUGUUUGGUAUCGAAGACUUCCGAACGCUCUCCGAAAUGCCAGUUUUGUUAUUUAAUAAGGUUAUUCCAGGCUUUGACUACUCUAUCGUUGAUUGCACUGCCGAGUUAAUGUACAAUCGAACGUUUUUGGGACAGGUUGAUCACGAGUUGCGUGAAGAUUUUUAUAGGAAUCUUGUAAAUGUGCAAUUCCACAAGAACCAUAACACACCAGGAUAUAUUCUCAACUGUACGUCGGAUUUUGAAGCUUUGAACUAUUAUUGA